GACAGACGCGACCGUUCGAAUUCCGAACGUCACCGAUCGCGUUCAAUUUUUAAAUUCUUUCCACACGUUCUAAAAUUUAAAAGAAAUUUUAUUAAAGUGAUUAUUUUUAAAUACAUUAAAAAGAUUUAAAUGUAAAAAAAAUCGUUAAUGUGUGAUUGAAACAGUGUUUUAGUGUUUUUAAUACGCACCUUAAUAGGUUUUAAACGUACUAAGUGAUUUUUAAAGUGAAUGUAAAGUGACAGACCGAAAGUGUCUUAGCUGUAUAAAGGAUCUGCGUUGAGAAAAUAAAUAAAAGAAUGCCCCGCGAGAGAAACUCAGCUUCGGUCCACCCCCAGAGGUAGCAUCACCAACAAAAUGACAAUAAACCUUAGUGAAAAUAAAAAAUGUAACGUGUCCAUGUGAUGAACAUUUAGUGCCAAAACAAUGUUUUGCUGUAAACAACUCAAAUUACUGUACGCGACAAUCAUGUUACUACUUGAAGCUGAACUGUUGGUGAACACCAGUGCUAUGGAGAAGUCCACCAUAUUUACUCAAAAUGCUGACGAUUUGAAGUCUUUGGAGCUUUGCACAUCAAGGAAUCAGCAGAGACUAGGCAGUGUCUUCGGGAACUUUACGCGACAUCACAAAAAAGGUCACAGAAGAAGAACAACAACCACGUCGACACAAACAACAAUGAUCUACACAACAACAGUGGAAAAUGAUGAAGAAACAACAGAAGCACAAACCACAACAGAAUACGUGAUAGCAACAGGAUUGACAUAUCCAAAACUACCAAAACCUCUGCGACUAUCAUCAUCUAUAUUAGACUCAGAGUAUGAAAAUGUACAUAAUAUAGAUAAUAUUAUAGAGAGUGAAGUAAAUGAACUAAUAAGUCGAGAAAGACAUAGAACGAAACACCACAAUAGAGGGAAAGAGGUUGUUGAAGAAAUAGAUGAUAGCUCUCUAUCUAAAAGUAGGAAUAAAGUUAAGAAAAUGUACAGAGACUCAGCAGGUUCGUCUGCUAAUAAGUUAAGUGGUAAAAAUGUUAAGAGUGGUAUAUUUUUGACUGAGAAUUGCACAACAGUUAUUGCACAGAUUGGAACAACAGCAAUACUGCAUUGUGAAGUUAGUGAUAUUACUGAAAAUACGGUGACGUGGAUAAGAAGGAAGGAUUACUCCCUGCUUUCAGUGGGGCUUGUCACCUAUAGCGCCGACAGCAGGUUUUUCUCGGCCCACGGGAGACAUGUCAAGGACUGGGCACUCCACAUACGCUUCGCGAUAUCAGCAGACGCUGGCUAUUACGAAUGCCAGGUGCCUACACACCCACCAACGAGUAUAUUCUUCAAACUGGUCCUUGUAGCGGCGUAUGCGGAGAUAGUGGGAGAGAGCGAGAAGAUAAUACAUGAAGGUUCGAUGCUGCGACUGGUGUGUGUCGUCAAGCGGUCGACGGAGCCCCCUUCGUACGUCUUCUGGUACUUCGAGAAUCGGAUGAUCAACUAUGACCUUAACGGAGUGAGCGUUCACAACGGGCGGCAGACGAGCGAGCUGGUGAUCGGGAAGGCAGAGCCCCGCCACGCGGGCAACUACACCUGCGUGCCUGCCAACGCUAAGGCUGCCUCUGUAACUGUCCAUGUUGUACAAAGCGAGACUCCUGCGGCGAUGCAGCAUGGAAACAACUCUUCAGCUCCCAUACAACAGAUUCACCUAUUCCUACAUUUACUAUUGACUAUAUUUUCUUUAUGUAUGCUGCAGUCAUCAGGCCGUCAGGAAAUUGGAUAACGUCUUUGUAAAAUGUGUAUUUUUGUCACAGUAUAGAUAAAGUACAAAACAGGUUGAUGUUUUGUUAUAAAUAAUUCAUUGUUGAGAGACAAAAGCGAAUAACUCUGACUCGGAAGUGACUCGAACCCGUAAUAAUAGUCAAGCUGGGAGGUAACUUUGCUUAAGUCCUUAGACUAGUGUAUGAUAGAAACACAAAUACUUAAUUGCACACAACAUACAAAACAAGUGUUACACACAUGGACGAAAGAUACACGGCGGCCUUAUUGCUAAGCAGCAAUUUCUUCCAGGCAACCAGUGGCAAGAAAACAUUUAUCACAAUUUGGUGCGGGACGGUGCAACAUCUAUUAUCAACAAUAUCAAUAGCUAUCCGUUUUACGUAUGCGAAUUAAUCAAUUGGAAUCGUUAUUAUGACGAGUUUUAAGUCAGAAUUAUUAGUUUUUGUGUCUUUAUAAGUGCUAUAUAUAAAAACAAAAAUUGUUUCUUUUGUUUAUAGGUUAAGUUUGUUUGUGUAUUUUAGGUAUUUGCAAAGAUUUAAUUUCAAUUUAAUAUUUGUUAUCUUUAUGUGUACGGUCACGACUACAAAUAUGUAUAUACUUUGAUACCAUGUCACAUUAACUUAUUUCAAAUGAAACCGUUUGUCUCAUUAAACGUCAAUAUGAUAAUGCGACAGGGUUCUAAAGUGGGUACAUGAUAUUAGUCAUGACUAAGUAUUUUUUCAAUCUCGCUUGAUGCUAACUGAUGACGUCAUGAGUAGUGCCACGAAUAAUCAAAGACAACUUGAAGUCUCGAAAAAAUAUUAUCAAAUUGUUAAUAAGUAAAUACAAAAAUUCAAUUGCAUUUGA